AUGAAGUUUCCUCGGUUCAAUGGCGACGGGGUCUGCAUGUGGCUGGACAACUGCGAAGUUUAUUUUCAGCUCUAUCAGAUUCCGGACGGUUUCAAGCUCAUGUCAGCCUCGUUGCAUCUGCAAGGUAAUGCUGCUCAUUGGUACCAAGCAUGUAAGCACACUAACGCAUGUGCGGAUUGGCCACGGUUUGGAAAGGCGAUCCUACGAGAGUUUGACCUGAACAUGCACCGUAAUUGCUUGAGAGAAUUGUUGUUGCUUAAACAAGACGAGUCCGUCCAGCAGUAUCGCACUAGUUUAAACCAGUUGGUCUAUCAAGUCCGGUUAUAUGAUGCUGACAUUAGUGAGACUAUGCUAGUAACUCAAUUUGUGUUGGUCCUGAAAGAGGAAAUCCGAGCUGCCGUGGAAAUUCAGUUACCGCAGUCGGUGGUUCAUGCGGCUGAAUGUGCUCUGGUGCAGGAGGCCGUGUUGGAAUGGCAGAAGAUGCAGGCCCCUAAAUUUCAGAAACAGCCGAGUCAGAACAAAGUCAUAGCUCUCAGACAAGAAAAUUCAUCCCGUCCUCAAUUUGCAGCAGGAGAUUUGUGGCGAGCAAAACAACUCAAAGAAUUCAGGAGAGCAAAUGGCCAGUGUUACAGUUGUGGGGACAAAUACAAUCAGGGUCAUGUGUGUGCCAACAAACCACCCUUACAGCUCAAGGCAUUGGAAGCUCAGGAAAUUGACGGGAAACUUUCAGAUGAGGCGCUCAACGCCAUUUCCGCUGAAGAGGCAGUGGAGGAGGUAGCUGCUUACCUUUCUGUCAAUGCCAUAUCAGGUUCUGCCAACAGCAAAACAAUCAGGUUGAGGGCAUUAGUGGAGAACAAGGUCAUGUUACUGUUGGUGGACUCAGGGAGUUCUCACACAUUCAUAGACAGACAGCUAGCUGAGAAGCUCAAACACAAAGCAACUGUGCUAGACAAAUCCCUACAAGUCAAAGUUGUCAAUGGUGAUCAACUGCAGUGUGAGACUGAAUUGUCUGGUUUACAGUGGUGGAUUAGUGGACACACAUUUACAUCUGAUAUGGAGGUGAUUGACCUUGGAGGAUAUGAUGCCAUUUUAGGUAUGGACUGGCUGGCUCAAUGGGGAGCUAUGGUCUGCCACUGGGAAGAGAAAUGGUUACAGUUUGACAAACAGGGCCAACAAAUUAGAUUGCAAGGGAUUGUUGAGAAACAACAAACUGAGAUUCAAGCUAUUACUAUGGAGCAAAUGCUGAAGUGGGAAAAAGGAAAUAUAUAUGGGCCACUGCUGUUAUAUGUCCCACUCUGCAAACUGAAGAUCAUGUGUGUACCACUAGAUGUCAGACCUUAUAGAUAUAACCCACAGCAAAAAGAUGAAAUAGAAAAGCAAGUUAAUGAAAUGUUGGCUUCUGGUCUCAUCAAACCCAUGGUAGAUGAGUUGUUGGAUGAGAUUGCUGGAGCAAAGUGGUUUUCCAAAUUGGAUUUAAGAUCUGGAUACCACCAGAUAAGGAUGAUUGAGACUGAUGAGGAAAAAACUGCUUUCAAGACUCAUCAUGGAUACUCCAAAUACAGUCACUUCAUCCCUUUGAAGCAUCCAUACUCUGCUGCUAUAGUAGCUCAAGCAUUUAUGCAACAAGUGGUGAAGCUGCACAGCAUGCCCUUGACUAUAACAUCUGACGGAGACACAGUGUUUACUAGCCAUUUCUGGAAAGAGCUGCUGGCAAUAUGGGGCCCCAAAUUACAAAUGUCCACUGCCAGACACCCUCAAACAGAUGGGCAAACAGAAAGGGACAGACAAGCCCAUGCUGAACAUUUGAAACAUCAUCUUCAGAGAGCUCAGCAGAAGUUCAAAGCAGAUGCUGACAAGCACAGGACAAUGAGGGAGUUUGCAGUAGGGGAAUUUGUCUUCCUGAAAUUGCAGCCUUAUGGACAACUAUCCUUGAUCAACAGACCUUGUCCUAAACUGGCUUUCAAGUACUUUGGACCAUUUCAUAUUCUGGAGAAGUUUGGUCCAGCAGUCUACAAGUUGGCCCUUCCUCCUGAUACACAAAUUCAUCCAGUGUUUCACGUGUCUCAGUUGAAGCAACAAGUACCUGAUCACACUCCAGUUUUCCAAACAUUACCAAAGCUUCCAAGGCUGGAUAUUGAAGAGUUGACUCCAUCAGAAAUUUUGGACCGCCGUCUGGUAAAGCGAGGAAAUGCAGCGUUAUUACAAGUGUUGAUUCGCUGGUCUGAUUUGCCGGCUGACUUUGCAACUUGGGAGGAUUAUGUGGCACUUGAGAAGAGAUUUCCACAAGCCGCUGCUUGGGGACAAGCAGCUUCUCAAGGAGAGGGCACUGUCAUCUCCCCAACGUCAUCAGGCGAGAUAGGGCAGAACAGAGGAGCAGUUUAG